AUGGCAGCAACAAACGUUACAAGAACACAUUUGAUGGGCUUAACACGAUUGUUCGAACUCAGGGUUGGAUACAGUUGUUUUGCUGGUCUAAACAUCAACUACAUUAAGAUUGUUUUAUCCGUUGCAAUUGGAUUCACGGUGUAUGAGUCAAUGAAAUCAUGGUUGCGAAUCCCACGACGUUUGGUUUGUUUGUCGGAUUUGAGCAGUAAUGGAGGGAAUGCUCUCUCCAGUGAUCAGCAGAGAUUAGUCUCUUCUUUCCUUGAGAUCGCUGUCGGUCAGACAUCUGAAACUGCUCGCCAGUUCUUAGAGGCAACAAGCUGGAAACUUGAGGAAGCUGUUCAGCUUUUCUAUGUCGGAGGAGAAGGUGGUAUUCUUCCUUCUGGUACAAACACUCAGCCAACGGUGGACGAUCCAAUGGCUGCACAGUCUUGGGGGGCGGCUGAUACAGGAAAUGAAAGGAUGCAGAACGAUGUAGUAGAUGAUGAGUGCGUGCUCCUUUACCUGUUGUGA